AUGGCAGUCUCUUUGUCGAGACGUCCUUCGUAUCCCGUCUCCAGAUACAACACUCACCUCACCAGCCCCCCGACCGCUAGCUACGAAACACCAGGCGAAACCCUAGCCGAUAUCAUAGAUGUCCCUCUCGACUACAAAUGCGUAGGAAUCGCCAAAACUUAUGGCGAUCGCUGUAGGAAUCCAGUCGCUGGUGCUAAUUUGGGUAGUGCCUCAAGGUUGCUACAGCAAGGUACCCUCUAUCUACGCAACGGACAAGAUGUAUACCCUAUCCUCGAGCAAGCGGCACCCUAUCUCCUUUGCCGCAGAUGGCAUCAAAAUCAGGCCUAUAACAUGGUCCGUCAGUGGUACAGAAAGGUUACUGCAUUCCUACAAUCGCAGAACGACCGCACACAUAUACCCCGAGCUGUGCAUAGUACGCCCAGGCCUGUACUUUCGUCAGCUCCUCUCCGGCAGCGUUCUAUUACCCAAUACUCUGUCGAAGAAUUCGAUUCAUCUGAUCUAGGCACGCCUUCCUACAGGCCCUUCAGUUCUUCUCAGAGCUCCAGAACCACCUCCAACUCCUCUGACAGAAGGAGUUUUACAGACCCUUCUCCUGUUGCUAGAGCGCGUUUACUUCCAGCCCCCGCUCUCGUUCCAACUCCAGUCCGAAUUGCAGCCCCAGCCCCAACCCCAGCUCUAGUGGCUACUCGAAAACACAUCAAAUCCAACGAAGACUGUCCGAUUUGCAAAGAAAGGUUUAUACCCGGUUCAUACGAUCCGAGUCGCCCCAGAUACCCUGGCCGUCACCGUAUAGCAUGGUGCAAAGUUCGGUGUGGCUCGAAUUUCCAUGCUGACUGUAUUAACGAAUGGAGGCGGCAGCACAGUGGACUACCGCAACCUAACUGCCCGUGUUGUCGCGCUACUUGGGUAGACGAUAGAGAUUUCUCAGAUCCCGAAAUCGAGGAAGAAGAGCCGGAGCCUACUACAGCCCGAAGUGGCGCCUCCGGCAGUCGUGGACAGUCUCAUUCAAACGAGACUAGUGAGGCCUCCAGAAGAAUAGAAACGACAGACCAAGAGUCAGAUGAAGAUACGCACGAGAACUCAGAUUAUGAGAUAGAUGACGACUCAAGCGACGUAACGAAUGAUGACGAUGAGUGGAAACACGUAGAUGAAAAAAUAGAAGCAGAAAGUAUAGAAGAGGAGGAGGAAGCUACAUCAGAUACAGCUGUCGGAGAUGAAGUGACUGGAACAACGGAAGAUGAACAACAGCAGGCCACAGCUGUUUCUGAAGUGGAUGGGGAAGAGCCAGCAGCAGAACCAGCCGAGGCAGAAGCCCUGAAUGCAGGGGAUGGGGACAAAGAAGCAGCGAGGGACGUUACAGAAGCAGAACCGGAACCGGUUCCAGGUGCAACUGAGGAAGCAGAGCCAGAGCAUUCUCACCAGGAAGAAGGAGUACGACAAGAAGAAGGGGAAGCAACAAGUUCAGAGGUAGUUGUUGUCGAAGAAACUGUGGAGCGAACUAUGGUGGAUCGAGAAACAGACCCCAUCAUCCCUGACGAUUCGAGUGGCCGCACAACGACUUUUAUUACUGAAGCCAAGUGGAAAGAAACACAGUUGUCGGUGCCGGUACUACUACCCAAAUACGUCUGGGAUCCAACUGAUGACACCCAUCCCCGCGGCUACUUUGAUGCCAUCAUUGUUCUUUUAUAUAUUAUUUUAGCCAUUUGA